CUACAUGGCUUCUGUGAUGCCUCUGAAAAGGCAUAUUGUGCCACCAUCUAUGUGCGCACACAAUCUGACACAGCGACCACCAAUCACCUACUGGUAGCCAAAGCAAAGGUGGCUCCGCUAAAAACAAUAAGUCUGCCACGACUGGAACUAUGUGGUGCGCUACUACUAGCCAAACUAGUAUCCAUGGUGCAAACGCAUCUAAAUAUGACCAAAUAUAAAUUGUAUCUCUGGUCUGAUUCCGAAAUUGUAUUAGCCUGGUUAGAAAAACCUCCACAUGUAUGGAAGACGUAUAUUUCCAAUCGAACGUCUCAAACCCUUGACCUAGUGGGAUCAGCCACUUGGCGACACGUGGCCAUCGAAAAAUCGACUCCUUCCACACGACAUUGGAUGAUACUGACAUCCUUGAGCGAUUUUCAUCAUACCCUCGAGCCCUCAGGAGAUCAAGAUGGACGUGGACAAGCCUACGAUCCCGACACCAACUGUUCGGUCGGCUACCAACGUGGCAGGUACUGGGCCUACUCCUCCGCCCCGCCCAACCAAUGCUACGGUAUCGACUGCCGCUUCUGGUAG